UUUUAACCUAUUUGGAUGUCCAGUGUUUCUCAUCUAGUGACUUUUCGACAAAUCCUGUUUUCGUUCCAUUUAUCACAUGAAACUAUGGCUAUAAAACUUUUCAUGACGGUAGUAUGUCCCGGUUCUAGAGCGAUUUUAGCUUGUGCAAGACUUUUAAACGUAGAAGUAGAAAUGAUGAUGGUGGACAUUGUUAAUGGAGAAGUCACAACUCAGGAGUUCAUCGCGUCUUCCUUUUCAGGUGAGUCCGCAUUACACAGUUCCAGUUCUAGAUGACGAUGGAUUUUUGCUUUACGACAGUAACUCGAUAAUGGCAUAUCUAGUGACGAAAUAUAGUGAGAGCCGCUCUAUGUACCCAGACAAUGUUUAUGAGAGAGCCAUGGUAGAUCAGAAACUAUUUUUUGAAUCAGGAUUUUUAUUCGCGACACAUGUUAGAGUAGCUAUGUCAAUAUAUUAUAAUCACGAGGAUACCCUCUUAAUUGAAAGACCGAGACUGAUAGAAGCGUUCAACACUAUUGAAGGCUUCCUCGAAAAUCAUUUAUUCGUUGCUGGAAACCGUAUGACAAUCGCGGAUAUCAGCAUUUACACAACCCUGUCGAAUGUGAUGACAUACGAACAACUGAAUCUUGAUGAGUAUCCAAAUAUUGCCAGUUGGCUGGAAAGGAUGGACGACUUACCGAUUCGGGAAGAAAAUGAUGAGGGACGUGAAAUUUCAACGUCGCUGUUCAGCUAUGAAUAUAUUUCUGAUAACUCGUUCGGGUCCAGCGAUUGGUAAGGCUUGGGAAGAGUCUAGAUUAGGCGCAGCUAUAGAUCAACUGGAACUGUUUCUUUUAUCAAGUGCUUUUGUGGCUGGUGAUAAUGUAACAAUCGCGGAUAUCUGUAUUUGGACGACCUUAGCAAAUGUUAUGAGUUAUCGUGUCAUGAAUCCCAUCAUGUAUCCAAAUAUCACGAAGUGGCUUGGGAAGAUGAAUGCAAUACCUUUUGCUGAAAAUAACAGUUUGCGGUGAACUAAUGAUUGAAAAUGAUUCAAGGGUUAUCUAUCAUACAACGUAGAAACUCUGCUUAUCCAAUUUAUUGCAUCAAAUCUUUUUUCAUUAAAAAUCAAUACAAUGAAAUAAAUGUGCUGUAGUGUAAAUAUAAUCCAAUUAUUUUUGUUACUUUUAGAUUUUGUAUUCGUCCGUUUCGUCCUGAUUAUUUUUUAUACAAUAUUCACUGUUUAUUUAUUCAAAAAUGUUUUGUAAAUUGUGAAGUUUUAUAUGUUAGCUCUAAGAACAAUUAUUCCAUGAAAAACUUGAUUAGAAAACUAUACCUGCUCUUAGAAAAUACAUUACCUGUACUAGUAAGUCAAAAUAAACAUAUACUUUUAGA